UGACGGACGAGGAGCUCGGAUAUGCCAAGCGCAUAGCCGGACUUGGCAUCCAGAACCUCCGGUUGCUGGUGGCCGAGCCUUUCAAAGCUCGGGCUGGGUUAGGAAUUUUUCCCUCCACGUCUAUGAUGAGCCGAGUCAACGCUGCUUCGACUGCCGCCGGCCGUGAGCACAAGGGGCAUGACAAGCCCGGGAAGCCGCUCGUCCCCAAGGUCGAACCUCGGGUGACCAGGGCACGAGCUGAUGACGCUUCGGGGGCCGGCGCCUCCAAGAGGCCACGUGUUGAGGGCACCUCCUCCAAGGCCAUCAUCGUGGCCGAUGACUCCGAUGGGGAGCCCGGAAGUCCCCUCAAGCGGAAGCGCACUUCGCGGACCAAUCUCCGUGCCUCUCCUCCGAGGAACUCCGACGUCCGCCGUCUCCGGGAUGAUGAUACCCCAACCGCCAAAGGUUCUGACGACGC